AUGCAGUGCCCGAACUGCCGCCUCACAGCGACGCAGAUUGUGCGGCUUUUUGGGGUAACUGGGGACGAGCCGUGUCCCCUGUGCCUUGAGGAGAAGGACGGCGUCGUGGCCCUGGUCCCAUGCGGCCACACGUUCUGCGCGUCCUGCGCAGAUGACCUGGCCGCGCACACGACGGGGCGUGCGGAGCCAGCGCGACCGGUGACACCGGCAGAGGACCUGCCAUUCCUUGCGCCCGAGGUGCCGCGAGAGAUUGCGGUCGACGUCCACUUCUGGUGGCUUGGUCGCUGCGUCGUGUGGACCACCUUGGUGCGGAGAUUUUGCGACGAGGUGGUCCUGGUGGACGGGGACACAAUGAUGCCUGCCCAGUUGGGCAACUGGGCUGUGUCACCUCCCACGCCAGUUGGCCAAUGGCUGCAAGAGUUUCGGUACAGUCUGCGCUGGGAGGUUGCGUGUUGA